AUGCCGCUAGAAAAUCGUACUUCUAACGGCUUCACGACUCCACCAAAACCUGGAAGACUGCCCUCUGGUCAUCUGCAAAAUGUUGGGAGUCUCUAUCAGAAGUCUCCAAUUCCAAACACGCCACAAGAGCAAGCGAUGUUGAUCCGCCAAUAUCAACUCAAUGGUUUGCGAUAAUCUUUUCCGGAAACAUCACUAAAAAAAAUUUCAGUAGCUUUUUGAGAAAAACGUCUACAAAAACCUGAUGUUUGGCACAUGAGACUUGUUUUUGUUUUCCUAAAGUUUUCCCUAGAGUGGUUAAUUAGUUACCAAUUUGAAGACUCAUGUGAUUCACAAAUUAGCGACACGGAGCAAUUACUAAAUUUCAAUUGAAAACUGCCAGAUUUUUGAUUCAACAAUUAUCUUCGGCAUAUGAGUAAUCGAAAGAUAGGAGAAUAACAUUAGCAAUAUGAAUUUUCAGUGGAAAUCAUGAACCAAAUGCAGUUACUCGGACUUUUACCACAGCAACCAACCAUUCCACAACUUCCUUUGUCUUCCGAGAUGCAGAGGUUGAUUCUGGAGAAUCGUGAGCUUAUCAAACUCCAGCGUUUAUGAAAAUCGAAACUUCAGAAAUGCCUUAUCCACCUCCAUUUUUUCAAAAUCCUUGGACCUCGAUGAUAAUGAACAUGCAAAAAGCUCAGCAGCAACAGCAGCAGCAGCUUGCAAGAGACCAAAUGCUGGCCCAGAAACAGGUCGAAAUUCCUCUUGACCUCAGCAAAAAGGUUUUUUUUUCCCCAAGAGAAAAAAAACAUCCUUAACUUUACAGCCCGACGAGAUUACGCCGAAAAAAGAAAUUUUUGUUCAAGAAACUGAAAAAAAUGAACGGUAAGUAUUGGUUCAGUGGCUUCCUCUGGAAUCAUUACCACUUCUGCAGAAAUUUGACUCCUGAAGAGUUCUUGGCAAAAUCUCUAGUGGCAAAAAGGAAUUAUAGCGCCGAGGAUCUGGCGUCAGCGGUUGAAGAUAUUCGUUGUGGGAAAUUGGGGACAAGAAGGUGAUUAUCUAAGCUUUGUUAGUCCCAAGCUGAUGACUUUCUUCUACAGAGCUUCCGUGGUUUAUGGGAUUCCAAGAUCAACUCUUCGGAAUAAAAUCUACAAGUUGGAAGCUUCCGAGGAAACAAGUGGAGCAUCCCCUCCUAAGAGACGCAGAGCGGGAGGACAGAGCGUUGCCGAGAAGAAAAUGGCGGACGAGAUUGAGAAGCAACAUAAAAGGUUUGUAGGAACCCAUUGUAGGAAUGAAUAACUGGCAUGCUUUGCAGAUCGGCUUCUCAAUGCUCUGAGACGAACGGAUCGGAGUCACCUGGUUCUCCAGACAGCGAUAGUAGUGGCCACAGCGUCGAAAGCCUUCUUUCCGUCACUAAAUUUGAAGUAGCCCACUUUUAUUUUUCUAAUAAAGAUGGUUCUAAUUUUCAGGAUUUCCCAAAACCUGUAGAGCCACCAGUAUUCACUCCUUCGCCUGAAUGGGCGGCGGCACUAUGGCAAAGCCUUUUUAAGAGCCAGAGAACCCAAAUGACCGCUGAUGUCAUGAACGUCAGCCAGGCUCGCUGUUCUGAAGACAAAAACGCUCAAGAAGAUUCGUAUUCUAUGGAAGAGUGGAAGAAAAGUCGCCCGAAGAGAGGGCAGUACAGGUGAACAUAAAAAAGAUUUUUUCAAACAAUAAUCUUCUUCAGAAAGUACGACAAAAACGCUUUGGACGAGGCUGUUCAAAGCGUCCGACGUGGUGAAAUGAGCGUCCAUCGGGCUGGAAGCUUUUAUGGAGUACCGCAUUCUACCCUGGAGUACAAGGUUUUCUUAUUUUGAAGUUUUAGAAAGAUAUACUAUUUUUCAGGUCAAAGAAAGAAACCUUAUGAGAAAGAAGAAAGGCUCCUUGACGCCUUCAAGCAGCAUGGACGAGGGAAACGCCAACGACGACUCCAGAUCGGAGCCUUCCCCGACUUCAGAUCAUCAUUUUAACGUUUCAAUCCCGCUUCAAAACAUUUCUCCCACUUCUAUUGUCUGA